AUGUUGAGCAUCACCCUAGCCAUUGUAAUCUUUGGAAUAAAUCUGCUCAGACAAGACGACUACCAUUUGCUGUAUGGUGGUUCGAACUCCCCAGAGGAGCACGACGACUACUACAUCACACCCCCGCCGCACUCUCCAGCAGCGUCUGCCUCAAGCUCCUCAUCUCCCAACCCACCGCCCUUUUCAUCCCUUUUCUUUGCUACUUCGCCCGACCCCAAUCGCGCGAGCAAAGUCACCGAACCUGGUCCCGCCUGUCACCCAGCCGUAGCACCUCCGCCACCAGUCGAGGCGCCGCUCGAACCGGCCCCUUCGUCGGCGGUUGUUGCUGAUACAAAAGCUUCCUUCUCCGAACCCAAAAACGAGGGCUCCGGAAAGUGUUCCGACGACAGCGAACCGCCUCCACCCUACGAAGAAGGUUACAGUCCACUCGAGUCAUUCACCUACGUUAUGGCUGCUGCAGGAGGUGCUUCAAGCAUCAUUACCCAGGUGCAGCAAACGGGAGGUCCACCGAUCAAUACUCUGGGAGAUAUUGGCGGUGAUGAGCAUAUCACGCUUGACCUUCGUGGCACCCGGUUUACUCUUUCGCGGGACGAAUUGCUAACCCUGCCGGAAUUCGUUCUAUUGUCUCUUUUCCCUAACGGCCUACUUCCGGAUGGACAUGCCACUACAAACGGAUUCCAUGACAGUGAUGUCUAUGCCGUCGAUUACGACCCGGCUUCGCUCCAGUAUAUGUUGGACUUCUUCCGCACAGUUGCUCAAACCAUCCCCUCGUCAUUGCCAUCUGGCUCUACUUCGCCGGAGAUGGAGAUGCCUGAUGCCAUACAAGGUUCAGCCCGUGACAUGCUCCAGGAUCGCGCCGGUAUCAUCGUGCUUCGCGAGGAUCUCGAUUUUUAUGUCAUCCCCCCGCGCCCUGAAAUUGGACAUGAAGAAAUGCUCGAAGUCAAGCGAGCAGCUGGACGAUCGCUGUUGAGACAGGACGGAAUCUUCUCAGGACUCAGGAAAAGCGAAGAGAUUGGUUCAACCGAGCAGCAUCUGAUUGAGAUGUUGACAGCCGGAGGAUUCGACCGUGAGGACCAAUGGGGCCACCGAGCCCCGGAGCCCAACAAAGCAGUUAUCUGCAGUCUCGCCCUUGCCAAGCUCCGCACCGACAUCCGCGGAGACUUGUCCAACAACAAUGCAGUUGGUAUGGCCCAGAAGCUUCUUCUGUUCUGGAGGAAGCCUGCUCGGCGAUGCUGGUGGGAGGGCAUUGAGCUCGAUGAUGUGGAGGGCGCCGAAGGACAGGUCAAGGUCUGGAUCCGACGUGUAUGGACUUUGGAAAUGAGCGUUAUUGGCCUCCGCUGA